GUCAAUUGGAAUUUUCGAGAGGCGAACUCUUUUGUUUCCAUCUUGCUGAUCAUCAUGAUUUUUCGAAAUCUACCAAAUGCAGCAGCUCUGUUUGCCGCUCUGGCGCAUGGAUAUGCAAACCCGGGUAGCUGCUCGGGGGCUUGCAAUGUCCAUGACCCAUCUGUUGUCCAAAGGUCCUCGGACGGGCUGUACUUUCGAUUCUCCACUGGAAACAAGAUCUCAUAUGCCAGUGCAUCGUCCAUUAAGGGACCCUGGACAUCGAUCGGAUCUAUGCUUCCUUCUGGUUCUUCGAUCGAUCUAGAUGGUAACACGGACUUGUGGGCCCCCGAUGCGCAUCUCAUUGAUGGAGUGUACUAUGUGUAUUAUUCCGUCUCUACUUUUGGAUCCCAGAAUUCUGCCAUCGGACUUGCGACGUCCAACACCAUGGCGCUGAACUCUUGGACUGAUCGCGGCACAACUGGAAUCUCGUCAUCCUCGUCAAAGGCAUACAAUGCCAUCGACCCGAACCUAAUCAAAGCGGGUGGGACUUACUACAUGAACUUUGGUUCCUUUUGGCAUGACCUCUAUCAAGCGCCCAUGAAUUCUGCCGCGACUAAAGUCGCAUCAUCAUCCUACAAUAUCGCUUACAACUCCUCGGGCUCUCAUGCACAAGAAGGUGCUUACAUGUAUCAGUAUGGUAGCUACUACUACCUCUUCUUUUCGGCUGGAACAUGCUGUGGCUAUGAUACUUCCAGACCUGCUGCCGGCGACGAAUACAAGAUUCGUGUGUGCCGGUCAACAUCGGCGACCAGUGGAUUUGUCGAUAAGGACGGUGUCGCAUGCACAAACGGAGGAGGAACAGUUGUUCUAGAGAGCCACGGAAAUGUUUAUGGCCCGGGCGGACAAGGGGUAUUUACCGAUUCGAGCCUCGGGCCUGUCCUUUACUACCACUAUGUCGACACAACGAUCGGCUAUGCGGAUAGCCAGAAGCUCUUUGGUUGGAACCAGAUUGACUUUUCCUCGGGUUGGCCAGUUGUGUAA